AUGGCGGCCACCAUGCAUUCCAGGGUUGUCCGAGUCUUUCCAAUGUCACGUUCUGGCAUUACUGCAAUAGCCACAUCCGUGUGUCAUGUCCCAACCCAGCGCCACCUUCAUCAUGCGCUCAUGCCUCAUGGGAAAGGUGGACGUUCCUCAGUCAGUGGAAUUGUGGCCACUGUGUUUGGAGCAACAGGAUUCCUGGGCCGAUAUGUUGUCAACCACCUUGGACGUAUGGGGUCACAGGUGAUCAUACCCUAUCGGUGUGAUCCAUAUGACACUAUGCAUCUUCGUCCCAUGGGUGAUCUGGGCCAGAUUAUUUUUCUGGAAUGGAAUGGAAGAGACAAAGAUUCCAUCCGAAGAGCAGUGGAGCACAGCAACGUGGUCAUCAAUCUUGUUGGGCGUGAAUGGGAAACUAAAAACUUUGAUUUUGAGGAUAUCUUUGUGAAGAUUCCCCAAGCAAUUGCUCAAGUGUCCAAGGAAGCUGGAGUUGAAAAAUUGAUUCAUGUUUCUCAUCUGAAUGCUAAUAUUAAAAGCUCUUCUAGAUAUCUGAGAAAUAAGGCUGUAGGAGAAAAAGAAGUGAGAGAUGCGUUUCCAGAAGCCACUAUCAUAAAACCAUCAGACAUCUUUGGAAGAGAAGAUAGAUUCCUCAACUAUUUCGCAAACAUUCGCUGGUUUGGUGGUGUGCCUAUUAUUUCCUUGGGCCUAAAGACAGAGAAGCAACCAGUAUAUGUUGUAGAUGUAUCCAAAGGAAUUGUUAAUGCAGUUAAGGAUCCAGAUGCCAGUGGGAAAACCUUUGCCUUCACCGGGCCAAAUCGAUACCUCCUCUUUGACCUGAUGCAAUAUGUGUUUUCUGUGGCUCACAGACCCUUCAUCCCAUACCCCUUGCCACAUUUUGCCUAUCGAUUGAUAGCAAGAUUCUUUGAAAUAAGUCCGUUUGAGCCCUGGACAACAAGGGAUAAAGUGGAACGGGUUCACAUCACAGACAUGAAAUUGCCUUACCUGCCUGGCUUAGAAGACCUUGGUAUUCAGGCAACACCCCUGGAAGUCAAGGCCAUUGAGGUGCUACGUCGUCAUCGCACUUACCGCUGGCUGUCUUCUGAAAUUGAAGAUGUGAAGCCACCCAAGACAGUCAACAUUUAG